AUGCACGGGUUCGCACUGAGCGCGUCAUUCCGGUGUGGACAUAAUUUUGGAAGAUUGCGCAUGAUCAUGGACCAGAGGCACACAGACAGUGUGGUCGUAUCGCGCGCCGGCCGCGCACUGUCUGUUCGUGGAUUGCUACGCGUCACGCCGCGGACGUCACCUUCGAAAGACAACAACAUCUCACCCCACCUACCUACUCGCCUCACCGACUUUCCUACUUCACCCGAUCUUGCCAUCAAUCAACAGCGACACCCAUUUAACCCUCUUUUGUUAACCCAGCGACGUUAUUACCGAAUCACAAUCAAAUGGUAA